AAAACCCCUUACUAUAGCACAAAUGCUGCGCACGCAUUAGCGAGUGCGUUCGUAACAUUGUAACAAUCGAUAAAAACGCUUACUAUACCACAAAUACUAUACUGCACUUUUAACAGCUCAACUGAGCAAUACUAGAUAAAAGCACGAUGUCUUCUCGUCAACAAAGAGAACAUAGAGGACAUAGCUGUGGAAGUCACCAAGGACAAAGAGGACAUAGCAGUGGAAGUAUAAAUACAAGAGGAAACUAUCAGGGAAGCAGACAUCACAGUAGUGAACAUCGUGGCGGACCAGGGACUAAUCAUAUCCAAGGUCCAGCACACCGUCCCCCAUCCAAUGGUAGAGUAGAAACAAGACCCUAUCAGGGACAUCGUGGAGGCCCAGGAACUAAUCCUGUUCGAGCUCAAGCACACCGUCACCAAUCACAAAACACAUCAGGAACAAGAAGCGACCAAGGAACCACACAACAAAAUAGCAGACAUCACGUUGGACCGGGAACUAAUCCUGUUCAAGCUCCAGCACACCGUCCCCCAUCAGCAGGAUGGGGCUCGUGGGCCAGGAACUGGUUUUAUUAGUGUUUUGUACUUGUAACUUGUACUUAUGUAAAGACUACAAUCAAUAACAUCUAUUUCUAUAAAUCAUAACCUAAAACUAACUCAAAGAACUUAAAAUGGCAAUAAAUAUCUUGUGAAAUUUUA